AUGGUUCACCUCACGCCGUCCUUUUCCUGGACCAUUAACCUGCUUCACAGAGCGAGUGAACGAGCGAGGGAGAGAGAGAGAGAGGGAGAGAUCAGCCUUAACAACUCAGAGGCUUUGAGCGACCUGGACAUCUGGACGUAUUUGAACCUGGAGAUUCCUGAUCCGAGCCCACUCCUGAACCAGUUUCAGUCCGGGCCUGGAGCCGGGCCACGGCGGCGGCGAUGA